AUGUCGCGAGACGUGAGUUUAUCGCCAAAAUCGGAGACGACGCGUCUUCUGGAAGAUCCUCUUCCGAGCCUUUCCGUGGUGGACGAAGAACAUCCGAUGAGCCUCCUCUCCUUCUCGACCCCUCUGACGUCAUCCGUAGCGCCCUUCGACGAGACUGAGGACUUCGAGAAAGGAAGAAAUGCUGAAAGAAAAGAAGGACGAGGAGCAGAAGGACAGGAAGAAACGACACAAAUCCUUCGACGAGCCUCGGAAAAGGAAGGACACGGCGACGUCCAUCACCAACUUCUUCCAUCGGUUCACGAGAUCCGACAAAGAGGACAAGGAUAAAGACAAGAAGAAGGACGGGAUCGAAGAGGAGACCGAGGAGGAAAUCGGGCGGCCCGACAAGCUCGCCAGUCCCGACUCUUCGGAGGAGAUGUGGUUCGGGGCGGCUGGGGACGGAAGCAUGCUCGGGUACGAGGGCGAGGAGGAGCUUUACGAGUGGGAGCCCGACACGAUGACCGAGAAACUCGUCGUUGAGCCUGUUCCGCAGCAGGAGGCUGCGUCUGGGUCUUCACAGUUCGAGGUUCUUUUUUGGUUUCAGAAGUUGAAAUGGUUUUUUUUAGAACAGUUAUAGUUUGUUCAAAAAUCCUCCAUAAGGUCAUACAGUGUUCAUAGUUCGGCGAUUUCAAAAUUGACGCCUUAUUCGUUAAAAAUGGUUCCGUGAAAUGGGCCAAAUUAAAGUUAAAGUCCCGGAUCCUUUAAAAAAAUGCGUCCUACAACGAUAAAUCGAGAUAUGCAACUUUUUACGGUAGCGAAUUUAAUUUUUCGAAAAUGUCGGAAAUUUUUUUACAACUUUCGAAAAGAGUAUCGAGGCGAAGAGCCGUAUUUUUUAGGCCAUAUAAUCAUUUUCUAACUGAUUUUUGAUAAUUUCACUUGAUCACCAGUAUAGUUCAAGUAAAAAUCGACUUUAUAUAAAAAAAAAUCAUUUUUCCUGCAAAAAUUUGAAAGAGUUCUUGUAGUUUUCCAUACGCACUGUGAGCCAUUGAAGUUUUCUUCUUUCAAGAAAAAUAGAUCAAUGUUUUUUUUCUCGAAUAGCUGUCCCCAUGUUUAAACUUAAUUAUAAGUUUGAAUGUUUUUGCAUGCUUUGAAACGUGUAGUGAUAAUUUUGGGUUUGAGAUUUCAAUCUAUAAACUCUUUUGAUUUGAAUAGUUGAAGGCGUAGUUUUUUCAAUAUUUGAAAAAUAAAUUUAGUGAGAAGCUUAAUUCAGGUAAAGUGGGUUUAUACCGUGCAAAUCACCUUUUUUUGAGUACAGCUGUAUUUUUUUUUGGAAAUUUUAAAGAGAGUGCAAAAAAAACCCCCAAAAAUCGUAUCUGAGUUCGCAAGCAAAAGCCAGAAGGUCCCAAAAAGAAGCUUUUGGGAAAAUAUUCUUUGAAAGAUUUUUUUCUUGAUCUUUUUCUGAAAGGGACCACUUAAGCAGACAAAAAAGAAGACGUAUAAAAAAAGGAGAUUCUGAGAGGUUCUUGACACCUUUUUAGGAACUCAAAAAGGAGCUCCAGAAUCUUCUUUUUAAGGCCCUUCAGACUUUUCCCGUGUUUUGGGGCCUUUAGAGCUCUAGGUUCUUCUUUAGUUUCUCUUUUUUGAGGCCGUUUGGACUUUUCCCGUGUUUAGAGGCCUUUUAGAGCUUCAGUAUCUUCUUUUUGAGGCUUUUUAGAGCUCUAAAUUUGUCUUUAGAUCCUCCAUUUUGAGGCCUUCCGGAGUUUGCCCAUGUUAAAAAACCGAAAAAAAGAAAACUUCCCUGUUUGCAGGAACAAACCCUCCUCCAGCUCCUCGAAGAUUUCCGCAACGGAGAGAUGCAUUUCCUGACAGAGCCUCAGUUGGAAGCCAUGCGAACCGUCAAAAGACAACAUGAAGACGUCACGAACACUCAUCUGAAGAUCGCCCAACUUCAGGGCGACGAUUCUGAAGAAAAAGAGGAGAAUCUCGAGAGAAUGUUCGACGAGCUCAGCGAGAAGAUCACCAACAUGCACGCCGUCUUCGAUAACGUCUUUUUCUAUGACGGCCCCGACGACGAGUACCUCUCUUCUUGAAUUUUGUCCUUUUUUAGGAUUUUAUUGAGUUCCCAGAGGAGGUCAUUUUACUUAGGACGACAAGUGGUCUCUAUAGGGGCAGAAGGUUCUCUUUUCCCUGUUUAGAAGCUUGUUAAAAGUGGAGGGGCAACCUUAAGAACCCUUGAAAAUUUCCCUCUAGGGACCACCUUAGCUCUCCCUAAAGGGGCGAUAAAGCUUCUUAAAGUGGAGGGUCAACCUUAAGGGCUAUAGAUGGUAUCCCUAUAGGGACCACUUUACCUCCCUCUACAGGGGCUUUAAAACUAGCAAAAGUGGCAACUCUGGGGGUUUUCGUCAGUGGUCACUUUAGGAUUGUCUUGUAUUUCUAGGAACUCUAUGAGAAGCGUUUUUAUUUUCAAAAAGUCGGAAUUUAUCGUUUUUCGAAUUAAAAACAUCAAUAAGCUUUAUUGAAUACGUCUUUUAAUUUCCCGAUCUUGAGACCACUAUAGGGACCACUUGAGUUUUAGGGCUUAGGGUCAGACCAUAAAUCCCUAAAAGGACCACCUGGUCUUCAAUCCUCAAUGGAGCGAUUUUUUGUCGACUGUAAGGGCUUUUUUUUUUACUUAACCCCUCUAGGGACCACUCUGUCGUUUUUGAGUCACUUUUCGGUUUGGAAUGCUGUCUAAAGGUCUAGAAUAAAUUUCCUCGUAAUCACCACUUGCCUUAUUUCGAAAUUUUUGAGUUAUGGCUUUUUGAUGUUUGCUUCUAACACUGAAUCAGGCCUGAAACCAAAAAAAGUAACUUCAAAAAAAUAUUUCUAUAAAAAAGUGAAGUUUGCCCGAGUUGCAACCAAGAUUGGUAUUAAUUUGAACUCUUAAGGAUUUUUUUUAGCCGAUUUUCAGGAAUUUCCAAGCUUAAAAUUGAAAACCCCUCCCUAGUCAGAACUGAAAUGUUCACUAGAGGUUUUUUUUUUUCAUAAAAUCAGCUUUAACCCUUUUUUUGGUAUAUGUUCUUAAAACAUCUAUUUUCAAAAUGCUUCCUUUUUUUUUGACACCUCGAUUUUUUAGGAUGCUCCAAAAAGAGGCAAUUUUCAGGGAUUUAUGAGGCUCGGAAAUUUAUGAUUUCAAUUUUCAAGCUCACCUGAAAAAUCUCAUUCUACAAAAAAAUACCUCGAAAAUAGCUUUUUCACGUGAAUUUUUUUCACAGCAAAUAAAUUUAUUUUUUUACAUAAAUUUUUUUCACAAUAAGAAGCUUUAAAAAGUAGCAUGUUUCAUAUACCUUUUUUAAAAAAAGGAACCUUCAUUUUAAUGUGAGAAAGAAGAUUUUUUUGUCCAUCAAUGAACUAAAUUGAUAUUUUGAUAGUCAAAAGAGCAAUUAUGACGUCAUCUGAGUAAAAAAAGGAUUUUUUUAUUUUCAAAAAAAUCACGAUCCUGUUCAAAAAAAUUAUAUGGAAGAGUUCACGAAUUUUUAUUACUCGGUCUUCCCAUUCUAUUUAUUCAAGUUCAUUCUCCUUCCUUUAUAUCACUUUUGUUGAAUUUUUUUGGCACUGUGUAAAUAUUUUCAUUCCACUCACACAAGCUUUCAUUUGGUUUUCAAUAUUUAUCAUUUUUCGCAUUUCCUGUGUAUUUAUUUCCGCAUUUUGCACGUCUCCGCCAUAAAAUUGUACAAAUGUGACAUAUAUCCUCGAAUAAAUUGGUUAUUUUGCAGGGAUUGGCGCUCAAGUUGCUGACCAACUUCUUCCUGAACCGGAUGGCGGCCAACGAACCACCGGCGACCGAGUUCGGAGACCUGGAGUCCCUCUGCAAGGCGAUCAACGGCCUGAGUAGUGGGGAUAGUAAUGGUGAUUUGAGUGGAAUUCACUAUGAAUCUUUUUUUCAAAAUUAGGCUUCGAAAAAUUGUAGAAAAAACAAUUUCUCUGACCUCAUUAAUCUGGGAAAAAAAUUUUAUUUUAUUCUAGGAAUCCAGUUUUUGAGUAUAGAAACUAUCAAAGCAAGUUUUUUUGUAUAUAGUAUAUUUUUUUACUCUCGUUUCUUCAGAUUCAAAAAUUUUUUUGAAUAAAAAUCGAGAUGUCAAGUUUUUUUAUCGGGAUUAGAAGUAAUUUUUUAUUAUUUUUUUAAAAGAAAUUCAAGCUUUUUUGACUUUUUCAUCAAGUUUUGAUUGAUGAAAGUAACGAUAAAUAAAGGUUUUUAGAUGCAAAAAAAUUGAAAGAAACCGUUUGAAAACGAUAUUUUUCAAUUCAAAACCGACUAUUGAAGUUAUUCAAAAUGAGUUCAUCAUAUAAAGUUGUGAAAUUCUGAAGAAUAUACAAGAAAGUAAUAAUUUUAAAGGUUUUUUUAGCUUUUAAAAAAAGAAUAUCUCGAUUUUUUUGAACAAAUUGAGACAUUUUUUUCGAACAAUUUAAGAAAAAUAAACGCGGUAAGAAAAGUGUUUUUUUCAGUAAAGAAGAUGAAUUUCCGGGUUUUUUCGCCUUGAAAAUAAGGGAAUGAUAAUUUCUCACUGGAUUUGCUUUAAAAAAUGGGAAGGUGAACUUUUUUCAGCUCUCUCGACAGGAAAAAAAGCGGCGGAUAUAACUAGGAAAAAUCGGGAAGUUUUCGAGAAGAAAAGCUGCGACAUCGAAGCGUUUCUCCUCAACUGCAAUCAUGUUGUUGGAUCGGUUCGUUUUUUAGAUUUUUUUCUCUUUAAAAGGAGGUUUUUUUAAUGUUAUGUAAUCCUUUCAAGCUUUUUAUUGGGUUGGAAAAGGUUAUCAGCUUUCAUGACCUUAAUUCUUAAUUCAGUAACUAGAAAGAGGAUAAUUCUGGGAUUUUUUUGAAGAAAAAGAUAAUAGAAAGUAUUUUUUUGCAAGGUAACGAAUAUCGAAUUAACAGUUUCAAAGUGAUGUUCUCUUCAAAUUCAAAAAGUCCUGAGUUAUCAUUUUUCGGCGAACGUUAAACGUUAAAAAAAGGGUCCUGACACGAUAAAUAUAAAGAGAUAACGCUUUGUCGGUGGAGAGCGCAGACAGGCCUUUGGGUCCCAAGCUAGCUGUGAAUGGUCUAUAGAACUCUUAAGAAAAUUUAAAAAAAAGAAGAUUUACUUUUUCCAUUUUUUUUUUAAAUUGCGUGAUUAUUUGAUAGCUUGGGCAAAGUCGGAAUGGUGGAUAAGUGCACAAGAGCCGAGAAAAUGGCGCAAAAAGGCAGCAAAAAGGAAGCUUUCGUCACUCUGAAAGGAGCAUUUCUAUUAAGCCUUUUUCUACCAUUCCGUCUUUUUCUAUGUUGGUCCCAAGCUUGCCUUGAAUGGUCUAAAAAGCUCGUCUUUCGAAAAACAAAAACUUCUUUUUCCGAUUUUUCAAAAAGCCCUAUGAUAAGCAUUUGAUAGAGUUUUCUGUUGUAGACGGCGAUGAUCGCAGCGAUCAAAAGUCUCUUCGACACUUCCGUAGCGAAAAAUUACGAAGCCGGGGCGGAUCGGGCCGUCGAACUGUUGAAAUAUUAUCUGGACGGCGGCCAGUUGGUUGCCGAGCAUUUGAGGCUUGUUCCCGAUAUUUGUGGGUUUUUUUUUUGCUUGAAAAAAAUUGAUGGUAUGAAAAAAAAGCCAGCGAAAUUUCAAAAAGCGACUUUUCCGAUUAUGUCGUAUCGCUAGGGAACUUUCCGACGGCCACCUUUCCGCCGAAUCCCUUUCCGACUUUUUUCCCAUAUAUUUUUCGGUUUAUAAAACAUCUGUUAACACUUUUUUUCCUAUUUAGUUGUUUUUUUGAUCAUGAAUAACUUGCCUAUUUUUAUAUAGGAAGAUUUAGAAUGAAGAUUUUAUCGAGAAAAAAAGUCGGAAAAAAAUUCGUCGGAAAGUUCCCUGGAGACAUGAAAAAAAUCGGAAAAGUCGCCGUUUGAAUUUUCGCUGGUCUUUUUUUCAUAUCACCGAAAAAUUGAGAGAAACGGUCUCCAGAUGGGUAACUUUGAAGCUUGCAAAAGUGGCCGCUCUAGGGAGGGAUAUAAGGACAUUUUUUUUCUGGUGACCCCUCUAGGGACCGCUCUGAGGUUUGAAGUAUAGAAUUCUGAUGAUGAAAAUGCUCAUAAUUUUUCGAUUAUAACUGGUAUCUUUUGUGUUAAAAAAAAUCAUGUUUUUUAUUAUUUUUCUGGUUUUUUUUUAGCUGAUUUCCAUACAUAAAUUAUUAUUUUUAAGCAUUUUCGAAAUGAAAUAAAUUUUUCAGAACAAACUUUUUCACUCAUCUCUGUAUUUUCUGCCAAAAUUCAUUUUUUUCCAGUUCUUCCCCUUGUUCGGAGCGUUGGUUUUUACUGUCUGGAGAAGAAGAAAAAGGUACGUUUCAAGGAAUUUAUUUAG